AUGACCACGAUCCAUCCUGUUGCGGACGACCCUUUUCACAAACCAAUCAUUGCGUCUCCUCUAUCGGAACAGAACUCUGGUGCUACUUGUACUACAGAACCCUCUACUCACGACCACGAGUCAGCAACGAGCUUGUGCAAAGUGGACAAGGCCCCCGAUAGUCUGAAGGACGAACAGCUUUCUCGCGUAUCCUCCGCGACGGCUUCCACCGUGGCAACGUCAGAUGAUGAAGAAGACAGCGUGGUCCAAAGCGUGGAACAGGCAACAUUAGACGAAGAAGCGAUCCUUAUGGAUCAAGGCUCGGAAUCUCAAGUCGAGGAGUCGACUGCCACAACGAUUCCCAAAAAUCUUGCAGAAGAAGAAGAAGAAACGUCUACUACAACUCUUGCCAAGAAACUGGACGGUUCUGUGAGCUUUCUUGAUAGUGAUGAUGGUGAUCAUAACGACGGCAAAUCAGAAAACCUAGAAGAAAUCGGCCACAGGUCUUCUUCUACGGUCCGCUUUGGCUCGAUUGUAAUGAAUGGAGUGGACGUGGAUGCCUGGCAGGAAGAACGGGAGGAAAGAGAAAGCCAAAAGUCCUGGUGGGAAAAACACGCCGAUUGGGUCCAUCGAAGUUUGUUGCAGGAACAAGUGGAAGAGCAAAUGCAAAAAUUGCAUGCCACGCAAGAGCAAGAACAAGAACCACAAGAGGGGGAAUCCACCACGACAAAACUACUGACAUCCACUCUCUACCCCAGUCCCACGGGAGAAGGAGUGUCGGUGAGUAUCAAAUUUCGGGAAACCCAGUCCUUUUACACCGCCAUACCAUCCUUUACCGAAUUCAAGGACAUUACACGCGACAAUCAUUUUCAAUUGGCACCUGCCGACUGGCACGUCGUCAUUACCGAUGUGAAAGGCUCCACCAAGGCCAUUGAAGAGGGCCGCUACAAAGAUGUCAAUACCAUUGGGGCCGCCUCCAUUUCGGUAGUCCUCAAAUUGUUGGAAGAAGAUGUGCCGUUUGUCUUUGGGGGAGAUGGAGCCACACUUUUGAUUCCUCCUACCGAUAUUGGGCGGGUCUUGGAGGCGCUCUUGCGAUUACAGCGCUUGUCCGAGCAAAACUUUCAACUCGGGUUACGAGUGGGACACAUUUCCGUGGGAGAAGUGCACAGCAGUGCGGGUGGUGCUGCUCGGAUUGAAGUGGCCAAACACGAAUUGACCGCGGGACGAUGCGUUGCGGUCUUUCGAGGAGGAGGUCUCACGGUGGCCGAGGCAUGUAUCAAAGGACAAGAGGACAAGUACUGUGUGGAAUGGAAGCAUGAUGAAGAUGAUGUAGAACUGGGAGGACUGUCGUGUCGAUGGAAUCCAAUACCCAACAAACGAGGAACGAUCAUGUCUCUGCUGGUCUGUGCCCGCGAAGGGGAAUCCCCGGCAAAAGUAUACGACCAAGUUUUACGAGAAUUGGACAAAAUCUACGACGGGAAACUGGAUGAAGCCAAUCCGGUCAAUACAGACUUGCUCUACUACAAAACAGUAGGGCAGUGUUACGAAGACGAGAAACGAUAUCACACCAACCACUGGACGACAAACUUUAUGGAACGAGUUUCCGAGAUUUUCCUGGCCGUGGGAAUUUUUGGACAUCAAAUGGAUACCAACCUUUUUGAUCAUAAACACUACUUUGAAUCCAUGAGACAACAUGCGGACCAUCGCAAGUUUGACGAUAUGCUGCGAAUGAUUCUGGAUUGUUCCGAUGAACAAGCACAAUCUAUUGAAAGACUCCUGGGGCAGCUCCACAAGGACCAAAUGCUGCAUUACGGAAUCCACCUCUCGGACACGGCCCUCAUGACGUGCUAUCUGGAAGAUGUUGUCGAUGGCCAGCAUAUACAUUUUAUCGACGGAGGAGAUGGAGGGUAUGCCAUGGCGGCCAAACAGCUCAAGGCCCAGCUCAAGAGCGAUUUAGUACAAGCAUAA